UUUUGACUGGGGUUUUGGUUUUAGAACCCUAAAGCUUCUUUCUGAUCUUGAUUGGAAUUGUUUCGUAGUCAGUUCUGUAUUACUAGUGAUUCUUCUAGUUUAAUCUGGUGGUCCUGGAGAAUCAGUUCUGUUUCUUAGGUUUUUCCAACUGGGGCCAGUUUUUAUUUAACGUUCCUCCUCUGAUCCUUGAGCACCCAUAGGGUUUUCAUUCUUUCCGCUAAUUCCUGCCCUCUCUUGGUCAAGUUUCGUGGAAGGUGUGAUCCUCCCUUUGAGGCAGAUUCUAGCUUUUUGGGCUGGAUUUUUGACAUCUGAUCGCUCUUUUGUUGGUGUAUGAGGUUCGGGUUUCUGUGGGAUUAGGAUUUUUUCGCUGCUCUCCGACAAGAUGUCCACAGAUGUUCAUAGUUUCGUGGAAUGGAAAGAGCAGUUUGUUUCGCAGGAGCGCGGUAAUCGUAUAGUUCACUAUUUCUUGAAGAAUGCUGCCGGGGAUUCAGUCCUUGCGGUCGUGGGUACGGAGAGGAGUCUUAGGCACAUGAUCUAUGUUGUUGCGGAGGAGUUCUUACAGUCUCAUGGGUCUGAGAAAUCCAUCAAUGCGGGCUUCAAAUGGAGAUCAAGGAGAGAGGUUGUCGACUGGCUCACGUCGUUGCUCUCGAAGUAUCAAACUCCGCUUGAUUAUUCAAAAUUGCCAACAAAUGAUUCAUCACAAGCUAUUGGAGCUUCUGAUUACCCUAUCACUGGAGUUGAUGCACGGAGAAACCAUCUUCCUGAUCACAUGGGCCGGAUUGCAAGGAAGUUAAAGGGCCGCAGCACAGAUAUUUCGUGGUCAGGUGCUGCCUGGACAUGUGGUAAACAGCUCAAGCAUUAUCCAGCAUUUUACAGGAAUGAAACCACCAUAGCUAUUCAUUCUUUUGUUCUCGUCAUGGCUAGAGAAGAAAAUCACUAUCUCGCAUACUUGGAAGAUAUGUAUGAAGACAAGAAGGGACAGAAGAAGGUAAAAGUGCGAUGGUUUCACCAUAAUGAGGAACUCAAGGACGUGGUUCCUCUGCCAAAUCCACAUCCUAGUGAAGUUUUCUUCACACCUAAUUCCCAGGUCAUCAGUGCAGAGUGUGUUGAUGGUCCUACAACAAUAGUAACUCCUGAGCACUAUGAGAAAUGCUUGGCUGCUCUUCCUGAAGCUUCCUCAGUGAGAAUCCAUCUUUGCUUUAGGCAGUUUAGAAGUAACAGAAUUAAGCCCUUUGAUCUAAGUAAAUUGCGUGGCUAUUUUGACCAAACCAUCCUCUCACGUUUAGAUCCCAUUCCCCUUGCCAAGCAUAAACUAACAUGUAAUAGCUUGACUGGAGUAGUGGAGGAAGAGUUUAGCCAAGGAGGCACUGUGAGGCAGGGAGCUAAGAGAACUAGGAGUUGCAGGGGACGUCAGAGGUUUGUAUCGAAUCGUUCUGUUGUCACAGUUUCAGGUCCAGGGAACCAGAUAGCACCAUAUCAACCAGCACACCAGAACUUGAAAUUUAGGUUGUCAGGUGGGAUGCCAUUGUCUGUUAGGUCUCAUGCUCCCCAAGCCUGUCUUACCACACCUUUUAAAGUUCAUGAAAAGAUAGAGUUGCUUUGUCAAGAUAGUGGAAUUCGAGGCUGCUGGUUUAGGUGUACUGUCUUGCGGGCAUCUCAGAAGCAGCUGAAGGUUCAGUAUGAUGAUUUGCAGGAUGCAGAUGGAUGUGGAAAUCUUGAGGAAUGGAUCCCCGCUUUCAAACUUGCAGCAUCUGAUAAACUAAACAUGCGAUGCUCCGGUCGCCUCAGAAUUCGUCCAUUCCCUCAUGGUUAUCCAACAGACAUUCCUUUUGAGAUAGGAGCUCCAGUGGAUGCAUGGUGGAAUGAUGGCUGGUGGGAGGGGGUGGUAACUGGUGUUAACUGCACAGAUGAUAGCCUUCAGGUUUACUUCCCUGGUGAAGAUGUGUUCUCAACUUUCCAGAAAAGGAAUUUAAGGAGUUCUAGGGAUUGGGUGGGGAACCGAUGGGUUGAUAUUGAGGCAAAGCCCGAUAUACUGUCUAUCAUAUCUGCAGCUGUCAGCCCUGGCACAAAGCUCUCUGCAUGCUCCACUAUGGCAAAGGGGACUGAGUCUGGUGGCUCGGCAAUGUCAGAUCGUGAAGGCCCCUCUGCUUCCAGACUUGAGACAGUUGAAGAGGACAAUCAAGAAAUGGCUGUUUCAGCCGGAUCUGAUGGCAUGCUGGAGAAUGUCAAGUGGGUGAACUCAAGGAAACAGCCAUGGGUUAAAGAUGACGUUAGGAAAGGUGAUGAUGAUGGGCAUGAUGGUGGUGAUGAUGAUGACGAUCAUGUGAGUGAGGACAGGGUGGAUAUGGAAGAAGAAUUUGCCUGUGCUGGUCAGAAAUGUGAAGCGAUUGAACUCAUGGAAGUUGCUGCUGCCUAAGACAGAGAAUGAUGCUUUGUUUCAAAAUGAUGGUGAUGCUUACAGGUCAGGCAAGUCUAUGGAAGUCGGCAUAAUCGGAUAUAAGGGUUUCUGUAAAUAAGAUACAGAGGUGGCAUGCAGUAUUUAUAGGGUUAUUUUUGCUUCAGCUUAGGAGCUUGGCCAAUGUACAGCAAGGUAGUUUAAAAAAAAUUCUGAUAGAUUUUUCUCUCUUAGAAGGCAGAUUAGAAAUGUUAAUUGGGAUUUAGAACUGGUGAGGUAGAGUUCCCUCCUUUCCGAGGGGCAUGUUAUUGCUGGAUUUGUACCAGACACUAGGGAGUGUAGCAGCAAGGCACCAUCAGACUCUAAAUUGUUAUUUUGCCCUUACUAGGGGCAAAUGGUAAUAUAAUGUAUAUCGAAUUAGUUCAAUUCUGUGUUCGGAAUGAAUCAUUUGUGCUGAUGUUUGUUUUGCAA